AUGGCUAGUUCAAUAAUCUUGGCAGGUCUUGGAAUGGCAGCAGUAGGGUUCGCGGGGCGGUAUUUACUUAAACAAAUGCCAAAUGCGUCUAUGAAAUUCGCAGAAGCUGUUAAGAACCUUCCUAAGUUUGAUACUGAAACAUUAGCAAACUCAAAAUAUUACAAGGGUGGCUUUGAAUCUAAGAUGACAAAGAGGGAAGCCGCUUUAAUCUUGGGUGUAAGUCCUACUGCUAGUAAAGCAAAGAUAAGAGAAGCUCACAGACGCAUUAUGCUUCUUAAUCAUCCUGACAAGGGAGGUUCUCCUUUAAUAGCUGCUAAAAUUAAUGAAGCAAAAGAUAUUUUAGAAAGUGGCAAAUCAUGA